AUGGAGCACCUCUUGCUGGAGGUGGCGGCCGCGCCGCUGCGUUUAAUCGCUGCCAAGAACGAGAAGAGCCGCAGCGAGCUGGGCAGGUUCUUGGCCAAGCAGGUAUGGACACCUCAAGAUCGCCAGUGUAUCCUAAAUACCUUAGCACAGUUACUUCUGGAUAAAGACUAUACUAUUCUGAUCGGUCGCCAAUUCCGCCCUAUCCUUUUGGAUUUGCUGGAACGGAAUGCUGAAGCCAUUAAAGCUGGAGGCCAAGUCAACCAUGAUCUACACGAACGACUCUGUGUGUCAAUGAGCAAGCUCAUCGGUAGCCAUCCUGAUGUCCUCCCGUUUGCCCUGAGGUAUUUCAAGGACACUUCUCCAGUCUUUCAAAGACUCUUCCUAGAGAGUUCAGAUGCUAAUACAGUCCGCUAUGGGCGCAGGCGGAUGAAGCUCCGGGACCUAAUGGAAGCAGCCUACAAGUUUUUACAGCAGGAGCAGUCUGUGUUCCGGGAGCUGUGGGACUGGAGUGUGUGUGUUCCUCUCCUCAGAAGCCACGACACCUUGGUCCGCUGGUACACAGCCCAUUGUCUUGCUGUGGUAACUUGCAUGAAUGAGGAGCACAAGCUAUCAUUCCUUAAGAAGAUUUUUAAUAGUGAGGAACUGAUCCAUUUCAGGUUGAGGUUACUAGAAGAGGCCCAGCUGCAGGACUUGGAGAAGGCCUUGGUUUUGGCCAAUCCAGAAGCUUCCCUGUGGCGUAAGGAGAAGGAACUGCAGUACUCACAGGGCCAUCUUGUUUCAGCUGACCUCUCCUCCAGGGUGACUGCUGUCUGUGGUGUGGUGCUGCCUGGGCAGCCACCAACCCCUGGAGAGCAGGCUAGUAACAGGAGUUCUUCUCAUGAACAAGAGCUGGCUUUUAAGUCUUAUGUACUGGUUGAGUCAGUCUGCAAAAAUCUUCAGACCCUGGCUAUGGCAGUGGCUUCUCAGAAUGCUGUGUUGUUGGAAGGACCAAUAGGAUGCGGCAAAACUUCUUUAGUUGAACAUUUAGCUUCAAUGACAGGUAGAAGGAAACCCCCUGAGCUUCUCAAAGUUCAGCUUGGAGAUCAGACCGACAGUAAGAUGCUGCUGGGAAUGUACCGCUGCACAGAUGUCCCAGGAGAGUUUGUGUGGCAGCCUGGCACCCUGACACAGGCAGCCACAAAGGGACACUGGAUCCUACUGGAGGAUAUUGAUUAUGCCCCCUUAGACGUGGUUUCUGUACUGAUCCCUCUCUUGGAGAAUGGAGAGCUCUUGAUUCCUGGCCGAGGUGACUGUCUAAAAGUGGCUCCUGGAUUUCAGUUCUUUGCAACCAGGAGACUUUUGACUUGUGGAGGGAACUGGUAUCGACCACUAAGUAGUCAUGCUACUUUGCUAGACAAACAUUGGACCAAAAUUCAUCUGGAUAACAUGGAUAAGACAGAACUGAAUGAGGUUCUUCAGAACAGAUACCCUAGCCUAUUGGCAGUAACUGACCACCUGCUUGACAUUUACAUCCAGCUUACUGGAGAGAAACACCACUCUCGGGAUGAUAGUUCUGUUGGAUGUGAACAGGUACCUAAGGAAGUUUCAGAAGCCAGAACAGAAAACAAAAGACUAAGCCUUGAAGGAAGAGAAUUGUCUCUCAGGGAUCUACUGAACUGGUGUAACAGGAUUGCUCAUAGCUUUGAUAGUCUGUCUUCAUCAGCAUCAUUGAAUAUUUUUCAAGAGGCUCUGGACUGUUUCACAGCAAUGCUUUCCAAGCAUACAAGCAAAUUGAAAAUGGCAGAAGUCAUUGGAAGCAAAUUGAACAUUUCCAAGAAAAAGGCUGAAUUCUUCUGUCAACUUUAUAAACCAGAAAUUGUGAUCAAUGAGCUAGAUGUACAAGUGGGUCGAGUGCGGCUUCUACGGAAACAAAGUGAGGCUGUUCAUAUACAGAGGGAGAAGUUUACUUUUGCUGCUACAAGGCCAUCCUCUGUUCUUAUUGAGCAGCUUGCGGUGUGUGUUAGCAAAGGAGAACCAGUAUUGCUGGUAGGAGAGACCGGGACUGGCAAAACCUCUACUGUACAGUACUUGGCUCACAUCACAGGCCACCGUUUGAGGGUUGUCAAUAUGAAUCAACAGAGUGACACUGCAGACUUGCUUGGAGGUUACAAACCAGUGGAUCAUAAGCUUAUUUGGCUACCCUUACGAGAGGCAUUUGAGGAACUCUUUGCCCAGACAUUUUCCAAGAAGCAAAACUUUACGUUCUUGGGGCACAUUCAGACCUGUUACAGACAGAAACGGUGGCAUGAUCUCCUCAAACUAAUGCAACAUGUGCACAAAUCGGCUGUCAACAAGGAUGGAAAAGAGAGUGAAACUGGGUUACUCCUGAAAGAGAAAUGGGAAGCUUUUGGUCUUAGACUUGACCAUGCCCAACAGCAGAUGAAAAUGACUGAAAAUGCUCUGUUGUUUGCAUUUGUAGAGGGUACAUUAGCUCAGGCUGUAAAGAAAGGAGAGUGGAUCUUGUUGGAUGAGAUUAAUCUGGCUGCUCCAGAGACAUUAGAAUGUCUCAGUGGUUUGCUCGAAGGCUCUUCUGGAUCCCUGGUAUUGCUGGAUCGAGGGGACACAGAACCACUGGUUCGUCAUCCAGACUUUCGUUUAUUUGCCUGUAUGAAUCCAGCAACUGAUGUGGGCAAAAGAAAUCUCCCACCAGGAAUAAGAAACAGGUUUACAGAACUUUAUGUAGAAGAAUUGGAAAGUAAAGAAGACUUACAAAUUCUUAUUGUGGAUUAUCUGAAAGGAUUGAGUGUGAGCAAGAGCACAGUACAAGGAAUCAUAAACUUCUACAGAGAUGUGCGGAAAGAGUCUGGGAGAACAUUGGUGGACGGAACCGGCCAUAGACCUCACUACAGCCUUCGGACUCUCUGCAGGGCCCUGCGAUUUGCAGCCUCCAAUCCAUGUAGCAACAUCCAGCGCUCACUCUAUGAGGGCUUUUGUUUGGGUUUCCUAACACAGCUUGACAGGGCAUCACACCCAGUAGUUCAGAAGCUUAUUUGUCAACACAUUGUCUCUGGCAGUAUUAAAAGUUUGCUGAAGCAGCCUAUUCCAGAACCUAAAGGAGGUCGGCUUAUCCAGGUUGAAGGCUAUUGGAUUUCAGUGGGAGACAAGGAACCUACAAUUGAUGAAACAUACAUUCUUACAUCUUCCGUCAAGCUGAACCUAAGGGAUAUAGUCCGAGUGGUUUCUGCAGGAACUUAUCCAGUGCUGAUUCAGGGGGAGACAUCAGUUGGUAAAACCAGCCUGAUCCGGUGGCUGGCUGCAGCUACUGGUAACCACUGUGUGAGAAUCAACAAUCACGAACACACGGAUAUUCAAGAGUACAUCGGUUGUUACACAUCUGAUUCCUCAGGGAAGCUUGUGUUUAAAGAAGGUGUUCUUAUUGAUGCUAUGAGAAAAGGCUAUUGGAUUAUUUUAGAUGAAUUGAAUUUGGCCCCUACUGAUGUGUUAGAGGCACUGAACAGACUGCUAGAUGAUAAUCGUGAAUUGCUCAUAACAGAAACACAGGAAGUUGUUAAAGCACACCCUCGGUUUAUGCUCUUUGCUACCCAGAAUCCCCCAGGACUUUAUGGAGGCAGAAAGGUACUUUCCAGAGCAUUCAGGAAUCGGUUUGUGGAAUUGCACUUUGAUGAAUUGCCAAGUUCUGAAUUGGAAACAAUCUUGCACAAGCGGUGUAGUUUGCCACCCUCUUACUGUAGCAAAUUGGUUAGAGUCAUGCUGGACCUCCAGUCCAAACGUAGAAGUUCUUCAGUGUUUGCUGGAAAGCAGGGCUUCAUCACCCUUCGAGACCUGUUUCGAUGGGCUGAGAGAUACAGAUUGGCUGAGCAGACCAAGGAGGAGUAUGACUGGCUACAGCACUUAGCCAACGAUGGUUAUAUGCUUCUGGCAGGCCGAGUCAGGAAACAGGAGGAGGUUGAUGUGAUUCAAGAAGUCCUUGAAAAACAUUUCAAGAAAAAAUUGUGUCCUCAAUCUCUCUUUUCCAAAGAAAAUGUCCUAAAAUUGCUGAGUAAAUUGUCUACUCAGAAAUCUACAUUGGAGUCCAAGUUCAGCCAUAUCGUGUGGACUGAGAGCAUGCGGAGAUUGGCCGUGUUGGUGGGAAGAGCGUUGGAAUUCAGUGAACCAGUACUGUUGGUUGGAGACACUGGGUGUGGGAAAACGAGUAUCUGUCAGGUGUUUGCAGCCUUGGCAAAUCAGAAAUUAUACUCAGUCAACUGCCACUUACACAUGGAGACUUCGGACUUCCUGGGCGGACUGCGGCCGGUGAGACAGAAGCCAAAGGACAAGGAAGAAAUUGACACAUCUCGGCUCUUUGAGUGGCAUGAUGGGCCUCUGGUUCUGGCCAUGAAGGAGGGCAGCUUUUUCCUCUUGGAUGAGAUCUCCUUGGCUGAUGAUUCUGUCCUGGAAAGACUCAACAGUGUCCUCGAAGUAGAAAAGUCCCUGGUAUUAGCAGAAAAAGGAAGCCUAGAGGACAAAGAAAAUGAGGUAGAGCUGUUGACUGCUGGGAAAGAAUUCCGUAUCUUAGCAACCAUGAACCCUGGGGGCGACUUUGGAAAAAAAGAGCUGUCUCCUGCCUUAAGAAACCGGUUUACAGAAAUAUGGUGCCCUCAGAGCACAAACCGAGAAGAUUUAAAACAGAUUAUCAGCAGUAAUCUUCGUCCAGGAUUGUCUCUGGGCAGAACAGAUCAUAAAGGGGCUGACAUAGCUGAGGUGAUGCUGGAUUUCAUUGACUGGCUGACCCACCAGGAAUUUGGCCGAAGGUGUGUGGUCAGUAUCAGAGAUAUCCUGUCCUGGGUUAACUUCAUGAACACAAUGGGGGAGGAAGCUGCUUUGAAAAAGCCAGAGACCAUCUCCACUGUGACAGCUUUUGUCCAUGCUGCAUGCCUGGUGUACAUAGAUGGAAUAGGUUCAGGAGUCACUUCCUCUGGGUUUGGUACGGCCCUCUUGGCUCGCAAGGAAUGUCUGAAAUUCCUAAUCAAGAAACUUUCCAAGAUAGUCCGACUUACAGAAUGUCAGAAAAAUGAAUUAAAGAUUUAUGACAGACUCAAGGCCAAGGAAUUCACUGGGAUAGAUAAUCGUUGGGGAAUUCAUCCAUUUUUUAUACCAAGAGGACCUGUCCUACAAAGGAAUAACAUUUCGGACUAUGCACUCAGUGCAGGAACGACAGCUAUGAAUGCCCAGAGGCUCUUAAGAGCUACAAAACUGAACAAACCCAUUCUCCUGGAGGGCUCCCCUGGUGUGGGCAAGACAAGUUUGGUGGGAGCACUAGCAAAGGCUUCGGGCAACACCCUUGUUCGAAUCAACUUGUCAGAGCAGACGGACAUAACAGACCUGUUUGGAGCAGAUUUACCUGUUGAAGGUGGCAAGGGAGGAGAGUUUGCCUGGCGUGAUGGCCCCUUGCUGGCAGCUCUGAAGGCCGGCCGCUGGGUUGUGUUGGAUGAGCUCAACCUGGCUUCUCAGUCUGUGUUGGAAGGACUCAAUGCUUGUUUUGACCACCGAGGAGAAAUCUAUAUUCCUGAGUUAGGAAUGAGCUUUCAAGUACAGCAUGAAAAGACAAAGAUUUUUGGUUGUCAAAAUCCCUUUAGACAAGGAGGCGGGAGAAAAGGCUUGCCCAGGUCUUUCCUUAACAGAUUCACUCAGGUCUUUGUGGAUCCCCUUACAGUAAUUGACAUGGAGUUCAUUGCUAGUACUCUGUUUCCAGCCAUUGACAGAAAUAUUGUUAAGAAAAUGGUUGCUUUCAACAAUCAGAUUGAUCAUGAAGUGACUGUUGAGAAGAAAUGGGGGCAAAAAGGAGGACCAUGGGAAUUCAACCUCCGGGACCUUUUCCGCUGGUGUCAAUUGAUGCUGGUUGACCAGUCCCCUGGCUGUUAUGAUCCUGGUCAGCAUGUGUUUUUGGUCUACGGUGAAAGAAUGAGAACCAGGGAAGACAAAGAAAAGGUCAUUGCUAUAUUUAAGGAUGUGUUUAGUACUGAUUCAAACCCAUACAUGGGAACCAGACUAUUUCACAUCACUCCCUAUAAUGUUCAGCUGGGCUACUCAGUCCUUUGCCGUGGCAACUAUGUUACUCCCCCAUCCCGCCAUCCCCUGUUGCUGUUGCACCAGUCGUUACAGUCUCUAGAGUCGAUUAUGAAGUGUGUGCAGAUGAGCUGGAUGGUCAUCCUUGUGGGUCCAGCCUCUGUGGGCAAGACCAGUCUGGUCCAGCUUCUGGCACAACUUACUGGUCACACGUUAAAGAUCAUGGCUAUGAACAGUGCAAUGGAUACGACAGAGCUUCUGGGCGGAUUUGAGCAGGUUGACCUUAUACGGCCUUGGAGGCAGCUGCUAGAGAAGGCGGAGAGCACUGUGAGAGCGCUGUUACGAGACAGCCUCCUUGUCAGUGCCGAUGAUGCAGAAGUAGUCCUGCGGGCCUGGAGUCAUUUCCUUCUGACAUAUAAGCCCAAGAGUCUUGGAGAAAAUGGUAAAGGUGUCACGAUGGAGAUAGUCAACAAGCUGGAAGCAGUAUUAUUGCUUAUGCAGAGACUCAACAAUAAGAUCAACUCAUACUCCAAGGCAGAGUUUGCCAGACUUGUAGAAGAGUUCCGAAGCUUUGGGGCAAAGCUGGUGCAGUCAUCCAGUGGCGGCAGCCAUGGCACUUUUGAGUGGGUCGACAGCAUGUUGGUUCGGGCCCUGAAGUCUGGAGAUUGGCUUUUGAUGGAUAACGUUAACUUUUGCAACCCGUCCGUGCUGGAUCGUUUGAAUGCUUUGCUUGAACCUGGAGGUGUCCUCACUGUUAGUGAGAGAGGAAUGAUAGAUGGAUCCACUCCCACGAUAACACCACAUCCCAAUUUCAGACUUUUUCUCUCAAUGGAUCCUGUUCAUGGAGAAAUAUCCCGUGCUAUGAGGAAUCGUGGGCUUGAAAUCUACAUUUCAGGGGAAGGAGAUGGGAGUAUCCCAGAUGACCUGGACCUGAAAGUUCUGCUGCACAGUCUUGGGUUGGUGGGGGACAGUGUGUGUGACACCCUCUUGGCUCUACACAGAGAGACCCAAAGUGCUUUUGUAGGUUCUCCAACAUCAUCUAUUUCAACUCUGAUUCAGACAGCCUUACUCAUUGUGCAGUACCUGCAGCGAGGGCUGAGUUUAGACAGAGCUUUUUCUGAAGCAUGCUGGGAAGCAUAUGUCCACUCCCAGCACUCACCAGCAAACCAGAAGCUCGUGCAAGCUUUACUGGAGAAACAUAUGUCUUCUCUGCGAGCACAUGAAACCUGGGGUAACUCCAUUCUUGCUGUGGGGCUAUGGCCAGAUUCUCUGCCCUCAGCUAUCUUUGCUAUGGAAGAUUCUCACCUCUCUAUCGUACGAAGCGAUGGACAGAUCUUAGCAUAUUGCCUCAACAGGAUGAGUCUGAAAACGAGCAGCUGGUCAAGGAUUCAGCCUCUUACUUUGCCAGAUUUAGAGAAAAUUAUGCAGUCCCCCAAUCCCGAGAGCCUGAAAUUUAGUUCUGUUGAAGUGGAUACUAUUUGGAUUGAUGAACCAGAAGUUUUGGCCAUGGCUGUUAAAUUGCUCAUAGAAAGAGCAACCAAUCAAGAUUGGAUGCUCAGAGUUAAGUGGCUUUACCAUUUAGCCAAGAAUAUACCACAGGGGCUUGAGUCCAUACAGAUUCAUUUGGAAGCCAGUGCAGCAUCUCUUAGGAAAUUUUACUCAAAUUCUCUCUCAGCUGGAAUCAGUAAUGUCAUCAAAAUAUUACAACCAAAUAUAACAGAAGAAUUUGUGAUUCCUUUGGACCCUCGAUGGAAUAUGCAGGCUUUGGACAUCAUUCGAAGUUCGAUGGACUUUGACCCACAAACAGACCAGUCUGAGCAGCUCUUUUCCCUUUUAGAGUCCAUUGCAAACAAGACAAUCAUAUAUCUUGACCGGGAAAAACGAAUUUUUACUGAAGCAAAUCUGGCUCCUGUUGGUAGCAAAAAGUUAAGAAAUAGUGUCUUGAGAAUGUCCUUUGAAUUCCAUAAAGAUCCAGAGAGCUAUCAGAGCCUGCCCCAUGAAAUUGUGGUCAAUCUUGCUGCUUUUUUUGAACUUUGUGAUGCACUAAUCCUGCUCUGGGUACAGUCCUCCCAGGGAAUAGUGUCUGAUGCCAGUGUCAAUGAGAUCUUGGCUUCUCUGCGGUGGCGGGACCGGUUUUGGACUGUGGCUGACACAGUAAAAGUGGAUGCCCCAGGGCUGGCCUUGCUUGCCCUUCACUGGCACUGGGUUUUAAAACAUUUGGUCCGUGAGAUUCCCCAACUCCUGAUGAACCAUGAAGACAAAUAUUACAAAGAAGUCCAGACUGUCUCAGAGCAUAUUCAGAAUUGCUUGGGGAGCCCAACUGGUGGCUUCACUGGUAUAAAGAAGUUGCAGAAGUUCCUGGGACGACCGUUUCCUUUUAAGGACAAGCUGGUGGUGGAGUGUUUUUCACAACUGAAAACUCUUAACAAAGCCCUUGCCAUCAGGGAGCGGAUGGCUGCUGUCGGGGAGAGUGGAUGGCUGGAAGAUAUUAGUCGGCUCCAAGUGGUUGCUUCUGAAUGGACAUUAAAGAAAAGUCUUCUACGGGCCUGGGGGCUGGUCCUCAGAGCUAACAUUCUGGAAGAUAUCAACCCAGAUGAAUUGAAGAAUCUUGUGAAUGCUCAGUGUUUAGAAGUAAAAGCCAAAGGAAUUUCACUUGGUUUUCUGGAGCGCAAGCCCAGUGAAUCUUCCACCCCAUCUCAGCCAGACUUUACCUCCUUAAUUCAACUCACCAGGAGUGUUCAGUUAUGGCCUGCAAUGGAGUAUCUGGCUGUGCUUUGGCAGUACAAAGUGACAGCUGAUUUUAUGACACAGGCUUGUCUGAGAAGGUCCAGUAAAAGUCAGCAACCCCAGAUUGAUGAGGAAAUCAGUCAUCAUAUCUCAUUUUGUCUUAAGCACACACCAGUUGCUCCUCAAGAACUUCGAGACCUUUGGUCCUUACUGCAUCAUAAGAAGGUGUCUACAGAAGAAAUUAUCUCUUUGUGGUCCGGCUUAUUUAAUUCCACAUUUAUGUCUUUCUGGAGCAGUACUGUGACCACAAAUCCAGAGUUCUGGCUCACAUGGAGCCCUCUGACUGUUGAGCAGCAGAGGGAGAGGCCAAAGUCCCUUUUGGACUCUACACUGAAGGGCCCCGGCAGUCUCAGUAGAGCCAUGUUCUCCAAGUGCUGCUUCGAAGCCUUGACCAGCAGCUGCAGAGCAAGUUCCUGGGAUGUGAGCGGCCUCCCCAUCCUAUCCUCCUCGCAUGUCACCCUGGGAGAAUGGGUUGAAAGAGCCCAGCAGCUCCGGGACAUCAGCUCAAUGCUUUGGACCAACAUGGCUGUCCCUUCAGUAGCAGAGUUCAGACGCACGGAUUCCCGGCUCCAGGGACUGGUGCUGUGCCGGCACCUGGCAGGCCUGGCUGAGCUGCUCCCCGAAACCCUACGGCAGGAGUACAUGCACAACUGCGAGCAGCUGCUGCGUGGGGACAGCCAGGCUUUUCAGCACGUGGGCCAGACUCUUGGGGACAUGGCCGGGCAGGAGGUGCUGCCCAAAGACCUAUUGUGCCUCUUGCUUACCUCCCUACGCCUCUUGUUCGGGGAAGGGGAGGGUAAGCGGGAUCUACCUGAGCCAGCCCGGCGUGGGAGCCUCUGGGUGAGCCUCGGCCUGCUCCAGAUUCAGACAUGGCUUCCCCAGGCACGCUUCGACCCCGCAGUGAAGAGGGAAUACAAGCUCAGAUAUGCCAAAGAAGAGUUAUACCAGCUGCAGUGCGAGUGGAAGACCCGAAACCUCUCGUCCCAGCUACAGACUGGAAGAGACCUGGAAGAUGAAGUCAUUAUCAAUUACUCUCAUCCUCAUAUCAGGUUGCUUUACCAAAGAAUUGAUCAGCUGGAGAAUUUAAUAUGCAGCCUGUCGAAGAAGCAGGCCUUCAGACCCCAGCUGCCUGCGUAUGAGUCCCUGGUGCAGGAGAUCCACCACUACAUCUCCAGCAUCGCCAAGGCCCCGGCCGUUCAGGAUCUGCUCACACGGCUCCUGCAGGUGCUGCAGAUGGAUGGACUUCGGUCUGCCCAGGUGGCCCAGAACCUUCUGAAGGAAGAAGCCUCCUGGCAGCAGUCGCACCACCAGUUCAGGAGGCGGCUGGCCGAGGAGUAUGCUCUGUAUCCAGACACUGUGACCCCACUGCAGGCAUCCAUCUUGCAGAUGCAACAUGGCAUGAGGCUGGUAGCAUCCGAGGUCCACUGCUCACUCCACAGCAGCGUGGUCUGUGCAGAUAGGCUGGACACUCUGGUCACAUCCCUGUUGGCUUUCCCAUCGGUGAGCCCCACCUUCCCCACUUACUAUGCUCAUGCAGAUGCUUUGUGCUCAGUCAAGUCAGAGGAGGUUCUGCGAGGCCUUGGGAAGUUGUCCCUCAAGUGCUCGGGAGGAAAAGAGCUGGAAGGCAAGAGCCAGCAACCCUGCCCUACCCGAGAACAGCUAUUGCUGAAUGCCCUUCUUUACCUGCGCUCCCAUGUGCUGUGCAAGGGAGAGCUGGACCAGAGGGCCCUGCAGCUCUUCAGACACGUGUGCCAGGAAAUCAUCAAUGAGUGGGAUGAGCAGGAACGCCUUGCCCAAGAGAAGGCUGAGCAGGAGAAUAGCCUGUACAGAUACAGGAGCAGGAGUUCCCAGACAGCACUGAGCGAGGAGGAGGAGGAGGAGCAGGAGUUCAGAAGACAGUUCCCACUGCAUCAGGACUUCGCAGAUAUUUUAAUAGAACCAACACUAGAGGAGAAGGGAACAUCAGAUGGGCAAGAAGCAGCAGCAGCCACAGACCCCACCGUCUUCUCCCCAAGCUCCAUGCAGGCUGUGAUGCUGAUUCACCAGCAGCUGUGCCUCAGCUUUGCUCGGUCCCUCUGGUACCAACAGACUCUGCCAUCGCAUGAGGCAAAGCACUACCUCAGCCUGUUUCUGUCCUGCUAUCAGACCGGGGCAUCUCUGGUGACACACUUCUACCCCCUAAUGGGCGUUGAACUGACUGACCAACUCUUGGGCAGCCAGCUUUUGGCCUGCACCCUCUCCCAUAACACUCUCUUUGGGGAGGCGACGACAGACCUGAUAGUAAAGCCAGAUGGACCCUACGACUUCUACCAGCACCCCAACGUCCCAGAAGCACGGCUUUGUCAACCUGUGCUUCAGGGUUUCUCAGAGGCUGUCAUUCGGCUGCUGCAGGAUUGGCCCGAACAUCCGGCGCUUAUGCAGCUGAUGGUUGUAAUGGACAGAAUUCGUAGUUUCCCACUUUCCAGUCCCAUCUCCAAGUUCCUGAAUGGGUUAGAGAUCCUUCUGGCAAAGGCACAGGAUUGGGAGGAGAAUGCAAGUCGAGCGCUCUCUCUGCGGAAACACCUGGAUUUGGUCAGUCAGAUGAUCAUUCGUUGGCGUAAACUAGAACUGAACUGCUGGUCUAUGAGUUUGGAUAAUACCAUGAAGCGCCACACUGAGAAAUCCACCAAGCACUGGUUCUCCAUCUAUCAGAUGCUUGAGAAGCACAUGCAGGAACAAACAGAAGAACAGGAAGAUGACAAACAGAUGACCCUGAUGUUGCUGGUCAGCACAUUACAAGCAUUUAUUGAAGGAUCCUCACUGGGAGAAUUCCAUGUACGCCUUCAGAUGUUACUGGUUUUCCAUUGUCAUGUGUUGCUGAUGCCACAAGUUGAAGGAAAAGAUUCACUUUGCAGUGUUCUGUGGAAUUUGUACCAUUAUUACAAGCAAUUCUUUGACCGGGUCCAGGCCAAAAUUGUGGAACUUCGUUCCCCCCUAGAAAAAGAACUUAAAGAAUUUGUUAAGAUAUCCAAGUGGAAUGAUGUCAGCUUCUGGUCCAUUAAACAAUCUGUGGAAAAGACACACAGGACCCUCUUUAAAUUCAUGAAGAAAUUUGAAGCUGUCCUCAGUGAACCCUGCCAGUCAUCUCUGGUGGAGAGUGACAAGGAGGAACAGCCUGACUUUUUGCCACAGCCAACAGGAGCAGCCACGAGUGAAGCAUCUCCCAUUCAAAAUCUGAACAAGGCUCUGAGGGAGACCCUGCUAGCCCGGCCAACAACUGCACAGGCCACAGUUCCAGAACAGUGUCAGGGAGCUCCUUUCCCCUCGGAGGGUGAGCUUCUGUAUCGCUUGCCGAAGCUCACGAAACGAAUGAGGAAGAUGUGCCUGAUGCUCAUGAAGGAAAGCCGCCUCCCUCACCUCGUGGACGGCCUCGAUCAGUUCACCGGUGAAGUAAUUUCCUCUGUGAGUGAGCUGCAGAGCUUACAGGUAGAGCCCUCCGCAGAGAAGGAGAAGCAGCGUUCAGAAGCCAAACACAUUCUCAUGCAGAAGCAGCGAGCGUUGGCAGACCUUUUUAAGCACCUUGCAAAAACCGGUUUGUCAUAUCGUAAAGGUCUUGCCUGGGCCCGUACAAAAAACCCUCAAGAGAUGCUUCAUCUUCGCCCGUUGGAUCUCCGGAGCGCAUUGUCUAUAGUCAACAGCACUCAGGAGGCAGAUUCUAGGCUGCUUACAGAAAUCUCGACCUCGUGGGAUGGGUGCCAGAAGUAUUUUUAUCGUUCUCUUGCACGACACACCAGACUUAGUGCAGCCCUAGCAGCUCCUGCCAAGGAAGUGGGCGUGGGCAGCAUCGAGCGGUGUAAAGGGUUCUCGGCACAUUUGAUGAAGAUGCUUAUCCGGCAGCGGCGCUCUCUGACUACACUGACUGAGCAGUGGAUCCUCCUCAGAAACCUCCUCAGCUGUGUGCAGGAGAUUCAGGGCAGGCUGACAGAGCCACUGCUCUACCCCGUGGCCUUUCCCCCCCAGGACGGCGUGCAGCAGUGGACAGAGAGGCUGCAGCACUUGGCCAUGCAGAGCCAUAUCCUGCUUGAGCAGCUCUCCUGGCUCUUCCAGUGCUGCCCCGGCGCAGGGUCAGCUCCAAGCCAAGGUGAUGCCCAGGCACAGGAUCAGCCUUCUAUCCUCUGCCCGGAAGGACCAGAGCUCACCAUGGGGCAGCUUUCCAGUGCAGUGCCGGACCUCAGCCCAUCAGAUCUGAGCUAUCCAUCCCCUGUACCUGGCAGUCAGCUGCCCUCUGGUUGCCGGAUGCGGAAACAGGACCAGCUUUGGCAACAGUCAACUUUGAAAUUAACAGAGAUGCUGAAGACCGUUCAAACAGUGAAAACUGACAUUGACAGAAUUAAGCAGCAGUCUUGUGAGACUCUCUUUCAUUCUUGGAAAGAUUUUGAAGUUUGCUCUUCUGGGCUGAGUUGCCUGUCCCAGGUGUCAGCUCAUUUGCAAGGCCUAGAGUCCUUGUUCAUUCUUCCAGGGAUGGAGGUUGAGCAAACAGACCAACAUAUGGCAUUAGUUGAGAGCCUGAAAUAUGUCAGAGGAGAAAUUGGUAAAGCCACAGAUGACUUUACUACCUGGGAGACACAUCUUCUCACGUCAGGCAGCCAAGGAGGAAACCAAAUAUUGGAUGAAGGGUUUGUGGAAGAUUUUGCAGAGAAAAUGGAAACAGCCAUCCGGUCCAUCCUUUAUGCCAUCCAGAACUUAGCAGAAAGAAAUAGUAAAAAGACAGACGAAAACACUGACCAGACAAGGCCACAGGAAGAGGAUGCAGGUUUUGAGAGACUGCAAUCAGGACAUCUAACAAAACUCUUAGAGGAAGACUUGUGGGAUGAUGUGAGCACUUUGCAUGUGCAAAAAAUAAUUUCUGUUGUCUCUGAACUAUUGGAGAGACUGAAAUCGUGUGGUGAGGACGGCACAGCAGCAAAGCACAUGUUCUUCAGCCAAUCCUGCUGCUGGUUGGUGCGCCUGCUGCCCAUGCUCUCCAGGUACUCGGACCUCGUCCUCUUCUUCCUGACCAUGUCUUUGGCAACUCAUCGUAGCACUGCAAAGCUUCUCUCUGUGCUCACCCAGAUCUUCUCGGAGCUUGCUCAGAAGGGAUUUUGCCUUCCCAAAGAAUUUAUGGAAGAUUCAGCAGGUGAGGGGGCAACUGAGUUCCAUGACUAUGAAGGAGGUGGAAUUGGAGAAGGUGAAGGCAUGAAGGAUGUGAGUGACAAGAUAGAAAAUGAAGAACAGGCAGAAGAUACAUUUCAGAAGGGUCAAGAAAAGGAUAAAGAGGAUCCUGACUCAAAAUCAGACAUUAAGGGCGAGGAUAACGCCAUUGAGAUGUCAGAAAACUUUGAUGGGAAGAUGCAUGAUGGGGAGCUUGAAGAACAAGAAGAGGAGGAUGAGAAAUCAGACAGUGAGGGCGGAGACUUGGAUAAACAGAUGGGCGAUCUGAAUGGUGAGGAAGCUGACAAACUAGAUGAGAGGCUUUGGGGUGAUGAUGAUGAAGAGGAAGAUGAGGAAGAAGAAGACAAUAAAACGGAAGAAACAGGACCAGGAAUGGAUGAGGAAGAUUGUGGACUUGUUGCUAAAGAUGACAACUUGGAUUCUGGGAAGUCAAACAGAGAUAAAAACCAGCAUGAUAAGAAGGAAGAAGCAGAAGCUGAUGAUGAUGGACAAGGCCAAGACAAAAUUAAUGAACAAAUAGAUGAGAGGGAAUAUGAUGAGAACGAGGUGGACCCUUACCAUGGCAACCAGGAAACGCUGCCAGAGCCUGAGGCCUUGGACCUUCCAGAGGAUUUGAAUCUAGAUAGUGAAGACAAGAACAGUGGUGAGGACACAGACCAUGAAGAAGGAGAAGAAGAGAAUCCUUUGGAAAUUAAGGAAAAAGCAAUGGACACUGAAGAAGCAGGUCAUGAAGCUGAGGAAAUAAAUGAAGAGUCUGAGGCCAAUCAGAAUGAAGAUCAGGGUCAGCAGGAACCUGAGGAAGGCUCCGGUGAAGAUGACAAGAGGGAGGAGGGGAUGGAAGAGAUGGACACAGGAGCUGGUGACCAAAACAAAGAUGCGGACCAGCCUUCUGAGGAAAGCUCAGAGGAGGAGGAGGCGUCUCCGGAGGACAAGAACGGCACUGAAGCCAGUGAGAACUGUGCGGAGAAUGGCGUCUCUGUUGACCAAGGUCUCCAGCCUCAGGAAGAAAAAGAAGAAGGGGAGGACCCUGACACAGAGGAGCAGGUGCCAGAGGCUACGGAGAGGAAGGAGCACUCCUCCUGCGGGCAGACGGGGGUGGAGAACAUGCAGAGCGAGCAGGCGAUGGAGCUGGCCGGGGCCGCACCUGAGAAGGAGGCUGGGAAGGAGGAACACGGGAGUGGAGCUGCGGACGCAAACCAGGCAGAAGGCCACGAAUCCAAUGUCAUCGCCCGGUUGGCCUCCCAGAAACAGACCAGGAAAAACACCCAGAGUUUUAAGAGGAAACCUGGACAGGCCAACAAUGAACGCUCCAUGGGUGAUCACAAUGAGCACGUGCACAAGAGGCUGAGGACUGUGGAUAUGGACAGUCACACAGAGGAGCCCACCCCGGCCCAGCCCCAGGACCAGGCAGAGGACGCGGCUGAAUUUGAGCACAUUAAACAAGGGAGCGACCCUUACGAUGCGCAGACCUAUGAUGUAGCCAGCAUGGAGCAGCAACAAUCUGCAAAAGAUUCCAGCAAGGAGCAGGAGGAGGAAGAAAGAGAGGACAUCUUCAUGGACGUGGAGGAGCAGGAGGAGCUCAAAGCAGUGGACACGGAGCAGCUGAAGCCAGAGGAGAUCAAGUCAGGGACCACAGCAGGCUCCGGCGUUGAUGAGAUGGAGACCAAAACUUUUAAAGCAGAGGAAGACCAAGACCCUAGGACAGACAGAUCCCCCAAGGAGGCAGAGAAUGAGAAACCUGAGAGAAGCCGAGAUUCAACCAUUCAUACGGCCCAUCAGUUCCUCGUGGACACGAUUUUCCAGUCCUUUUUAAAAGAUGUUGAUGAGCUAAGACAGGAGCUGGAGAGACAGCUGGAAAGGUGGCAGCCACAUGAACCUGGAAACCCAGAAGAAGAAAAGGCUGCAGCUGAAAUGUGGCACAGCUACCUGAUCUUAACGGCACCUCUUUCACAACAGCUGUGUGAACAGCUUCGUCUCAUACUAGAGCCCACCCAGGCAGCCAAGCUGAAAGGAGACUAUCGAACUGGGAAGCGAUUGAACAUGCGGAAGGUCAUCCCAUACAUUGCUAGUCAAUUCCGAAAAGACAAGAUUUGGCUCCGAAGGACCAAGCCCAGUAAACGCCAGUAUCAGAUUUGUUUGGCUAUCGAUGACUCCUCUAGCAUGGUAGACAACCAUACCAAACAGCUUGCAUUUGAAUCUUUGGCUGUGAUUGGAAAUGCUCUAACUCUUCUGGAAGUGGGUCAGAUUGCAGUGUGCAGUUUUGGAGAGUCCGUAAAGCUAUUACACCCAUUCCACGAACAGUUCAGUGAUCACUCGGGGUCCCAGAUUCUACGGCUCUGCAAAUUCCAACAAAAAAAAACCAAGAUUGCUCAGUUUCUAGAGUCGGUAGCCAACAUGUUUGCAGCCGCUCGGCAGCUCUCACAGAACAUCAGUCCAGACACUGCACAGCUCCUCCUGGUGGUCUCUGAUGGGCGCGGCCUCUUCCUCGAGGGCAAAGACAGAGUCCUGGCGGCAGUCCAGGCUGCCCGGAAUGCGAACAUCUUUGUCAUUUUUGUGGUGUUGGAUAAUCCCAGUUCCCGGGAUUCUAUCUUGGACAUUAAAGUGCCAAUAUUUAAAGGACCCGGGGAGCUGCCUGAAAUCCGAUCCUACAUGGAGGAGUUCCCAUUCCCCUUCUACAUAAUUCUUCGCGACGUGAAUGCACUCCCCGAGACGCUCAGCGAUGCUCUCAGGCAGUGGUUUGAGUUAGUGACAGCCUCUGACCACCUGUAG